AUGCGACACGGAUGUGUGAUAUCCCCACUGCUGUUCAACAUCUUCUUCGCCGAGGUCCUCGAGGUCGUCGUCAUCCGAUUCAGCGAGGAUGAUAUUGUUCUGCGGAGCCUGGUGUGCUUGGAGGAGGGGAAGACGGAAGCAGGGGGGGGGGAGGAGACACCCCUUGACCGAGUUCGGAGGGCAGUAUGGGGGAUGCUGAAUGCCGAUGAUGCCGGCGUUGUAUCGAGGUCUGCAGAAGGACUGGCGAGAAUGAUGACCAUCACCGUUGAGGUGUUCGGGGAGUUUGGGCUAACGGUGUCGGAGAGGAAGACGGAGACGCUCCUGAUGCGCGCGAAGGACAAGCCGACUACAACAUCACAGCCCCCCUCGCCUCCACCGCUGACCAUCGAAGCCGCGGGACAGAAAUACGCCCAGACGACCGAGUUCCGGUACCUCGGUGGCCUCGUCAACGAACAUGGCGACCUCACCCGGGAGAUCAACUACAGGAGCAGAGGAGCGUGGGCGUGCCUCAGGCGAUAUGGCCGGGAGCUCUUCGACAGACCGAAAGCGUCACUCCGACUCAAGAUCCGCUGGGGGGAAACGCGACGUAGGGGGAGACAGGAACAGGACUGGCCGAAAUGUGUGCUCGACGACCUGAAGGCAUUCGGGGCCGACCACGGAUCUACGAAAACCGAUCCAUGUUGUCUCGGAAUCCUGGUACCGAAAGACACGGCGCCGAAGUUAAAGUGGACGGAAGCCGCGAAGGUGGAGGGGGGAGUGCCCUGGCAUGCGGCGGUGCUCAGGGAGCUGAGAGACUGCCUCGCGAGCACUGAAGCUCAGCGCUUGAAGUUCGGCCUCCACGGUGUUCUGUGCUGCGAGAGUAUGUGCCUUGGUUCCGUAGCUGAUCAGUCCCCGUCCUAGGAAGAACAGGUAUCCGUUGGUAGACCUACCGUUGUCUGGGUUGGCUCCAGAUGACGAGUCAGUGAAGCACGAGAGUCUGAAUUGCCCCUUCUUGUACACGAUCGGCAGGUCCGGCGUUCCGCGUAGGUACCGUAGUAGGUGCUUGGCCGCAGCCAUGUGGACCUGUGCUGGGUUUGCGCAUGCCCGUGUCAGUUGGUGCACUGCGUAUGACAGAUCGUAGCGGGUGCAUUGGGCAAGGUACAGGGGACUCCCGGUGAUGGCCUGGCACCUCUGCUUGUCCUCGGGUCCGAGUAGUUGGUCUUGUGGCUGCUCGGUUGAUAGCUCUGCUCCAUACCCGAAGGUGCUGACCGGGUUUGCCUGUUCCUUUCCGUAUCGCUUGUCGUGUCCUGCGAUGUCCUGGAUGGUGUCGUAGUCCGCGAGUUGUCAUUGCUGUCAUCUCCCCCAGCAGCAAAGUAGUCGUCGGAAUCCGUGCCCGCGUUGUUUUGCCGAAGUUCUGCUCGGUCGAUGUU